CUCUGUACUCACUUUUGUCUAUACAUCCAUUUGUUGGUAUAUUUUACGACAUAAUACGCCCGGAAAUCCGGACAGAGUUAGAGAUUUGGCCCAAUGGAAGAUCAAGAUUAAGCCGGUUCUCGACAUCAUCUUUAAUAUUGAGCUAAAAAGACAAUGGGUGGUGAAAAUGUUGAUAACAAUUGUCAUACUGUUUGCCGUGUGUUGGCUCCCGAUCCACAUCUUUAAUAUCAUUGUCUGGUUUUUUCCGCCGAAUAUCAAUAAAUCCAAAACACUUUACAUGACUUAUGUCUUCAGUUACUUCUUCUCGCACUUCCUCUCAAUGAGCCACUCAUUCAUCAAUCCUUUCGUUUACGGUUUUAUGAGCGAAAACUUUAAGUUGAGUUUGAGAAGGCUUUUGACGCGAAUGCGAUACAAACCACGUCUAACCGACACAGAAAUGGAUAAAUUAGAGGCUUUAGAGACAUCCCAUAACACACAAGAACUCAGUCGACUUAAUUCAUUAAUAAAGAGAAAC